CUGCUCCAGGCCUCCAGCAGCCUCACAACAAAGAAGCUUCUCCUGUUCAAGUGGAACCUUCUGGGUUUCUGCCUGUGGCCAUUGUCCCUUAUCCUGUCUCUGGCCACCACUGAAAACAAGUCUGGCCCCAUCCUCUUGCCCCUCACAGGUCCUUUAGCUCUUGCUGAGCGUUGAGAAGAUCCAGGAGCCAGAGGAGCUGCCGGUCCAGAGAUCUGCUGGCCCAAGCACAGGGCAACUCCACAGGACUCCAAGUCAUGGAGAGUCUGGAGGAGAGAGCAGCACGGACAGGCUGUGUCUGCUCUGGGGAGAGUUGUGAAGCCAGGCCACCAGCAACUUGUUCUGUCAAGCAAGACUAUGGCCAGCAGGACCAGGCCAGGGAUUGUCACCACGUUCUGGGCACUGGCACAAUGACAGAGCAGCAAAGUCCCCCCGAGCAGAUGGCGACUGGGGAGGGUGCUGGCGAGCGAGGUGGCAAUUACAAGAUCACGAUCUAUGAGCUGGAGAACUUCCAGGGGAAGAAGUGUGAGCUGACAGAGGAGCUCCCCAACAUCACUGAGAAAGAGCUGGAGAAGGUGGGCUCCAUCCAGGUGGAGUCUGGCCCGUGGCUGGGCUUCGAGCGCCAGGCCUUCGCCGGGGAGCAGUUCGUGCUGGAGAAGGGAGACUACCCCCGCUGGGACUCCUGGUCCAACAGCCACAACAGCGACAGCCUCAUGUCCAUCCGGCCCCUCCAGAUCGACAGCCCUGACCACAAGAUCCACCUCUUUGAGAACGCAGGCUACACCGGGCGGAAGAUGGAGAUCGUGGACGACGACGUGCCCAGCCUCUGGGCCCACGGCUUCCAGGACCGCGUGGCCAGCGUCAGGGCCCUGAAUGGAACCUGGGUGGGCUACGAGUACCCCGGGUACCGGGGCCGCCAGCACGUCUUCGAGAAGGGGGAGUACCGGCACUGGAACGAGUGGGAUGCCAACCAGCCUCUCAUCCAGUCGGUGCGCCGUGUGCGGGACCAGCAGUGGCACCAGCGCGGCUGCUUCGAGAACAGCUGAGGAGGGCAUCGCUGUGCCCUCCCCCAGCCCCUGCCGGCCCCAGCCCCUGGGGGCUGCCGCGAUGCUGUGACCUUGGUGUUUGUUGGGUUGGUUUGGGGUUAUUAUUUUUUUGGGUGCCAAAAGUCCUCAAUAAAGCUCUG